CGUCCUGGUGCAGAUUUUGAAUCGCUGCCAGCAGCGUGAGUGGGUUUCCUCAACAUCUUCAGCCACCCACCGGCCUCCAAUUCAACAUGUAUCAGCAGUCUGUAGAGGUUUUAAAUGGCGAAUUUGUCACGUUUUUAUAGGCGCACCCUGUCCGAACAGUGUACUGUUACCCAACCUCAGCUCUGAACAUAGUCCUCAUCAGGACUCAGGAGACGCAGAUUCACGACAAGCAAGAUUAUGAUGAGGCAGCAGGUGUGGGAGAGAUCUGACAAGUUGUGUGUGGGCCCGUAAGCGUGACACAGAGCACGAGAUGAGGACCAUUAUUCCUGUGUUUGGAGGCGGUGAUGGAGGGGAGUCCCGCGGCCUCCGCAGCAGGGUGGGCAGGAUGAAGAAUCUGCUUUGGCUCAGGCCGAGUCAGUGCGUGGACGUCCACAUGGACACAGAGCCCGGCGUGUGGCUGACCAGCUUCCAGUUGUUGGACACUGAUGGACAGUACGAGGACCCAGUGCAAGAGUGGGGGGAGGAGGAGUUGGACGGGGCUGUGUUUGGCGUCACGCUGCGCAGGGAGCCCAUCCUGCCGAGCCUUGACACGGCAGAGCUUCCUACAGCCUUCGCCCAGUACCACGCGGUGAAGGUGCGCAGGCUGAAGGCCGCCACCCUGGAGCGUCUGCUCAGCCACCUGCUGGACCCCGAGCACCAGGAGCCCGACUUCAUCCGUGUCUUCCUCUCCACCUACAAGGCCUUCAUCUCCUCCACCAGCACCCUUAUCAAGCUGCUGUUUCAGAGAAAUGACUCGAUCGCCAACCUGGAUAACACUGUCUGUCAACGCAGUCCCUUACCCCCGGUGAUCCGGCUGUGGCUGGAGGAAUACGGUGAAGACUUCCGCGACCCCCCUCAGUACCAAGACCUCCGGCAGCUGUGUGUCCACUUGCGGCAUGGCCUCUGCUUCAGACGCUUGGCACAGACUGCCGAGACCCUCCUCAAGAGGCUCCAGGAACAAGAUUGCAGCGAGUCUGCGUCACAGCACAACAGUGAAUCAUUGCAGCAGGAGCUCAGAGACCAGGAGGACGGAGGAGAGGCGUCCACUAAGGAGGAAGACAAACACUUUAUGGACUUCCCUGUGAGAGAUGUGGCGGAGCAGCUGACCCGAUUGGAUGCUGAGCUGUUUGUCAGAGUGGUGCCCUUCCACUGCCUGGGCUGCGUCUGGUCCCAGCGCGACAAGAAAGAAAAUCGAAACCUGGCGCCCACCGUCCGCGCCACCAUCUCCCAGUUUAACGCCGUCACCAACCGUGUCAUCACCUCGCUCCUCUGGCCGUCCUCUCCCAGCCCUUCCACUUCCUCUCCCAUGUCAUCGCCCAGCUCCGCCUCCUCCUUCCUGUACCCCUCGACGGCCCCGAGCUCACCUCGCUGCUCUCACACCAGCCCCGUCCACAGGGCACGCAUCAUCGAGAGGUGGAUCGCCAUAGCUCAGGAGUGCAGGCAGCUGAAGAAUUUCUCCUCUCUGAGGGCCGUCCUUUCAGCCCUGCAGUCCAACGCUGUGUAUCGCCUCAAGAAGACCUGGGCUGCUGUCAGCAGGGAAAGCAUGGCCACCUUCGACCUCUUGUGUGAGAUUUUCCCUGAUGAGAACUGUGUGCUAACCAGCAGAGAGAUCCUGGUGGAGGAUGGGACUCAACCAGAUGGCAGUGCCACCCCCGGCUCAGCGUCCAGACACAGCUUCAGCAGUGGUGUUGUACCGUACCUGGGCACUUACCUGACUGUCCUCACCAUGCUGGACACAGCGCUGCCUGACACAGUGGAGGGUGGACUCAUCAACUUUGAGAAGCGCAGACGGGAGUUUGAGAUUGUCUCUCAGAUUCGGCAGCUUCAGGCUUCCUGCUCCAACUACAGCCUACCAGUAAACCAUCAUAUCGCCGCAUGGCUGCAGGCACAUACACUGCUCACAGACCAGGAGAGCUAUGAGCUGUCUCGUGACCUGGAGCCUCCACUUGACCCCUGUCCCACCUCUCCCAACUCAUGGAGCAGUCGCCUGCUCGCUAAGAAACUUGCCACGUUGCGAUCAUCCAGCGACAGCUCCCUCAGGAAGACCCACGCUGACCAGAUCAGUGUGUCGUCUUCUGGCUCCAGCAGUUCAGACAUGGAGGACCUCUCUGCCCCUCAGCCCUCCCCCCUCAGACUCAAACUCAAGUCUCUGUCAGGCUCGCUCCACAAUGUUGCAGAGGAUUUCUCCUCCAGCUCCAUGUCCUCCUCCUCUCCCAAUCUGUCCAGCUCCUCCAGCAGCUCCUCACACCCAGACCUCAGCUCUUCUUCUCUGGUGCUGAGCCCGGAGUCGCCAUUGCCCAACUGCUCUCCUCAGGCCUUGCUGCCCGUCUACAACAAGCAGGUCGCUGACUCGUGUAUCAUCAGGGUCAGCGUGGAGUGCGUCAGCAAUGGAAACGUCUACAAGAGCAUACUGUUGACCAGUCAGGACCACACGCGUCAGGUGAUUCAGAGGGCUCUGGAAAAACACAACAUGGAGGACGUCUGCCCCCGUGAUUACAACCUCUGCCAGAUGCUCAACAAUGGCAAAGAGCUCCAGAUCCCCGACAAAGCCAACGUGUUUUAUGCCAUGUGCACGUCCGCCAACUAUGACUUUGUGCUGCGUCAGCGCUGGAGGAGCCACAGGAGACAUCUGGGCUCCUCUUCCAGUCCUGGAGCUCAACCCAGGAGCCGCUACACCAGGUGAAACGCAUCUGUCCUGGCUGACUGUUAGAGGAGUACAUCCAGAGGACAGAGGAGCUGCUCAUGUGCAAACAAACACAUCUGUAUUUACUCAUCUGUAUUUACAUGAGUGGCUCGUGAGAUAUGAGCCACUCUGAAAUAGAGACUGGCAAGUAACCGAGCUUUGACUGCAAAAUAUCCUUGUGGAGUUCUCAUCUGCUCAUCUCAUCUUGAACAUCAACACCACUGGAUAAAUGAAGCACAAUUCCCAGGACCUGUUUUUCCUAAGAUAAACACACUUGUAUUAUGUAGACAACGGCACAUUACAUCGUGGAUUAUUGGGCAUCAUGAGGUGAACAGUGCCUAACGUAUCACUGCAGCGACAUACAAACAGGAUGAGGAUCAGCUGGUCUGGGAGAACAGUGGUGUCACGGUGCUACAGGAGAAAACGUGGCCGCAGUUUCUCGUCUGGGACUCAGACAAGACGUGGGACUUUUCCUUCCAACGUGUGUGGCUGAAUGAGUAACUGACUCCUUUACCUAAGCAAAGCAGAGUGACUAAGUAGGGAUGCUCACUGUUAGUCAAUGAGGAACGGUUUUAGUCAUGCUGACCGCGUUGAAGAACAGCAAGACUCCCCCUUAAAUCAAAUGGUGUUUGAAACAAUGUUUGCACUCCUGACAUUGAGAUUUCAUUUGUCUGGAGAGUCGGUAAAAAGUAUUCAGUCGUCUUCUAGUUGAGGAUUUAAAUGUUUUAAUGUAACUUAAUUUAAUUAAAUUAUGAAAUGCAUUUCAGUAUUCAGCUUUUAGAGCAAAAGUGGCAUGAGGAAAAUGUUAGUGUUAGUUUCUGUUUGUUUUGUUGGUUUUGGAUUCUCUUUUCAGUCUUCAAUGCUAAUCUGUUUUUAGUGUACUUAAGUUGCUUUGAAGCUCAACUUAAGUUUGCAUUAUUUUGAAUGAAGAAACAGACUUUUUACUGUCUGCUGUAAUUAAACAAAGGAGACAUUGUAUGUGUGCAAAACGUGCACAUGCCCAGUGGUCUUGCCUGGACUGUGGCAUUUACGUCAGAGGGUUUAAAGAGGACUUGAACAGCUGACGUAGAAGUAUCUCUGGUGUGGUUUUCCUCGCUGAUGAUAAAGGCCGUGAUUCAGGUCAGGCUGCUAGUCACUACAGUCUGUAAUACAGUGAGUGGUAUGAAGUUCACUCCACCCGUGUGAGGCUGUGAAUGAGAUUAACCUGAAGAAUGGUUUGUGUAUGUAAAAAGUGUCUUAGUAUAUGAAUUUAAGAUAAUUUCAGUGAUGUGAAAUCCUCCCCCAAAACUCUAAGGCAGCUUUUUUUAAGUAUUAAAAGUAAAAA